AAUAAUAAUAACAGAAAAAAAAAGAGGAACACAUUCGUGUGUCCAACAAAAGACACAACAACAAAAAAAAAAACGACAUCAAUCAUGAUGAUCAUCAUGUGUUAAAUUUGGAAAAAGCAGAGUAGUUUAAUGUUGUUUUUUUAAUUCAAGACAUAGAACAUAUUUUAGACAUAGAACAAAAAUAAAUAAUUAUGGGUAUUACUGGUUUGAUUCCCUUCCUGGACAAGGCCUCUAAGAGAGGCAACAUCAGUCAAUUUUCUGGUGGAAGUGUUGCUAUUGAUACAUACUGUUGGCUUCAUCGUGGUGCAUUUUCUUGUGCUGAUAAAAUUGCUUUGGGACAACCAACUGAUGCAUAUGUCAGAUACUGUAUGAAGCUUGUCCAUAUGUUGCUGGCAAAUAGAAUAAAACCAAUAUUAGUAUUUGAUGGUCGUCAUUUACCUGCAAAAGCUGAGACAGAAGUUAAACGUCGUGAAUCAAGAGAAAGCAAUCGACGUAGAGCUGCUGAAUUAAUGAAAAUGGGAAAAUCACAUGAAGGAAAAAAUUUAUUACGUAGAUCUGUUGAUAUAUCACAUGAAAUGGCAUUGGAAUUAAUAAAAGAAUGUCAAAAUAUAAAUGUUGAUUGUAUUGUUGCACCAUAUGAAGCUGAUGCACAAUUGGCAUAUUUAAAUAUAAAUGGUUUUGCUGAUGUUGUCAUAACUGAAGACAGUGAUUUAACACUAUUUGGUUGUAAAAAAAUAUUUUUUAAAAUGGAUAUUAAUGGUAAUGGAUUACUUGUUGAACAAGAAAAUCUUCAUCUAGCAAUGGGCAUUAAAAAAGACUAUUUUGAUAUUGAUAAAUUUCGUCAUAUGUGUAUAUUAUCUGGUUGUGAUUAUUUAUCAUCAUUACCUGGUAUUGGUCUAUCAAAAGCUCUUAAAUUUGUUAAAAAUUCAGAAUCAGAUAUAUUAAAAUCUUUACCACGUAUUGGAUCAUAUUUAAAUAUGAAAUCAUUAAAAGUUAGUAAAGAAUAUUGUGAAGGUUUUAUAUGUGCAUUAAUAACAUUUAAACAUCAAUUAGUAUAUUGUCCAAUAAAACGUAAACAAGUUAGAUUACAUGAUGUACCAGAUGAUGUUACUGAACAACAAUUAUAUCAUGCUGGUAAUGAAGUUGAUGAAAAACUUGCAUAUCAACUUGCACUUGGUAAUUAUCAUCCUUUAACAUUAAAAAAACUUCAUGAAUUUGAUCCAGAUUCAAAAAUUCAAAUUAAAAAAAAAACAAAUGGAUGGCAUGAAACAUCAUCAACAAAUCAUCAAUCAAUAUGGUCAUCUGAUUUUAAAUUAAAAUUAAAUAAUGAAUCAACUAAAAAAGUUGAUGAUGGUACAACAAAAUGGCCAAAUACAACUGGUAAAAUAAUGCUGUUAAAAACUAAAAGUAUUGAAAAUAAUAUUAACACAAUGAAAAGAUCAUUUGAAAAAAUGAAUGAUGAAUUAAAUGAUGAAGAUAUGUUGAAAUUUUAUGGUAGUAAAUCAAUUGAAAAUCAACAAAAUGAUGAAGAUAAAAUAACUAAAAAAGUUAAAACAAUUGAUAUUAAUGUUAAUGAAGAAACAACGAAUUUAUCAACAACUCCAAAACACAAGAAAAAUGUAUUUUCUAAAAAUAUUGAAACAUCACCAUGUCUUGUUCGUCCAAAAAGAAAAUUAUUAACAAAAAUUGCAAUUGAGCCAACGAUUAUUGAUGAAUCAGUUCAUACACCAAGUAAAUAUUUUUCAAAUAAUCAAAAUGAUGAUGAAAUUACAAGUCAUGAUAGUACUGAUGAUUCAAAUAAAAAUACAAAGCUAUUAUCAGUUAAUGUAAUUAUACCAGAAACACCAGAUGAAGGACUACCAAUAAGUCAGCCAGAUGAGUACAAAGAAAAUACAGAUAAUUUAAAAAGCCAUCAAGUAACAACUAAUUUAUUAAGAACAGAUUCAGGUGUUGAUUUAAAAGAUGAUUCUAAUGAUAAAAUAAAUUAUCUAGAUGUUGAAAAACAUGAUGAAGAUCAUGAAGAUGAUGAUAAAGAUUUAAAUUGUUUUGAUAAUGCCAAAUGUGAUGAUAAUGAGAUUAUUGAUGAUAAAGUUAGAGCACCUAGUCCAGAUGAUAAUUUUGAAUUUGAGAGUACUUCUCAACAGACAAAUUCACUACGAAGUUCAUUUUUUAAAUGGUCAAAUACUAAAAAUACAAAUAGCUCAAAUAUUUUUAAUAAAAACAAACAACAGUUAUCAUCAAAAAAAUCAAUUAGUUCACAAAGCAGGUCUAGAACAACUAGGCGUACACCAGUUGCUAGUAAAAUAACUCCUGUUAAUUCACAACAGAGUCUAUUAAAUAUGUUUGGAUUCAAAAAACAAACAACCAUGAAACAAUGAUUUUUUUUUUGUUAGCUGGAUCAAUUUAACAUGAAAAAAAAAAAAAACAACAGGGGCUGUGUUACUCUCAUAAUCAUAAGCAAACAAUGAAGAUACAAAAGACUAGAACAAUAAUUCAACACUGCCAAGUUGCAUUUUAGUAUAUUAAUUUCUUUUUCACUGUGUUUCAUUAAUUUUGUUUUUUUUGUU